AUGGCACCUAACGAGCGUCUCUCACCAAAGGUUGAUGUCAAUAACUUGACUUUUGCAUUCCCGGAUGGCAGUACUGGUCUUCAAAAGGUCGCUCUGGAGCUGCCCGCAAACAGCAGGACCCUGCUGAUCGGUGCCAACGGUGCUGGAAAGACUACUCUGCUUAGACUGUUGUCUGGAAAGCGCAUGGCACCGAAGGGAACCGUCAGCAUUGCAGGCAUUGACCCCUUCGCCGAAGGUCUCGAGGGUGUGACGUAUCUGGGCAUGGAGUGGACCUUGAACUCCAUCACCCGCACUGAUAUCGACGUACCAACACUGCUCUCUUCGGUAGGUGGUGAUGCUUACCCCGACCGAAGAGACGAGUUGGUCAAGAUUCUGGAUGUGGACAUGAAAUGGCGCCUCCACGCCGUUUCUGACGGUGAGAGAAGGCGCGUGCAAUUGUGCAUGGGUUUGAUCAGACCGUGGAGCGUCCUUUUGCUGGAUGAAAUCACCGUCGACUUGGAUCUUCUUUCUCGCUACAACUUCUUGCAGUUCCUGAAGAGAGAGACGGAGGCUCGUCCUUGCACCAUUGUUUACGCAACACACAUUCUGGAUAACUUGGCCGACUGGCCUACACACCUGGUUCACAUGUCUCUCGGUAAAGUGAGACAGUGGGGUGCUAUGGAGACUUUCAAUGUCGAAGGUGUUCAAGGUGGUCGCACUGGCAACAGUCUUUUGGGAGAGCUUGUGUUGGAAUGGCUGCGCGAGGACCUUGAAGAGCGUGGCCCACGCAAUGGACAGCAAUCGGAGGGCAAGACAUACGAUACACACGAAGGAAAGGGUGGAUACGGUCAGCUAAAGGCACCUCCACGCGAAGCUUAG